CAGUUCGCCAUGACAGUUGCAUCGCGUCACCUGUCAGUCAUUAAAUUUUAUGUUUCACUUGUAGACAGUCAAAAUUACAGCCAAAAAUAUAUUUUUGUUCUAAAUUGAUUAUGCGUGGAGUAACUGUUUUCACACAAUUCUAGUUACAAGAAGGACACUGUUCGUCCAUCAAAAUGCAUGACACGAUCGUCCGCCUGGCCGACGUAUGGAAGACGUGCAACAAGAUCCGCGCGGCGGCCUUCCGCGUGGGCCUCAACCUGUGGGACUGGUACCGCCCGCUCGACCCCGAGGGCAACUCGCUCAUCUCAGAGUCAAAGUUCGUAUCGAUACUAGCGGGUCCGCUGCGCUCGGUAGUGGGCCUGUCCGACUCGGAGAUCGCGCAACUGGCCGACUACUUCCGCGCGCAGGAUGGCCGCGUGCUCUACCACCAGCUCUGCCAGAUCAUACACGGCGAAGAUUCCGGCGGGCGCGACAAGACGUCAGCGGACUGCAUCCUGGAGGCGUGCCCGCCGCCGCCCGAGCCCGAGUGCCACCAGCUGGACCAGUGGCAGACGCGCCGCCUCUGCUGCCUGCUCGCCACCAUCGCCGCCAGGGAUCUACCGCUCAAGCCCUACUUUCAAGACUACGAGCUUGUGGCGAAGAAUGACGGACGCAUAACAUUUGCGCAUUUCGCGCGCAUCCUCAACUACAUCGGUGUGAUCGUGACGCCUGAGGACUUCAACCUGCUCGUGCGCAAAUUCAUUAAGGACUCGUACACGCUGGACUACGUGGAGUUCCUCAGGGCAGUGGAUGCCGUCAAGAAGGAGGGCAUCCGGGGACUGGGGCCGGAGUACCUGAACCCGAGCGCGGUGAUCGACACGACCCUGCCGAAGCUGGUCCGGCCCGAGCUGGACGCGGGGCUGUCGACGGCGCCGCUGGGCGCGUCCGAGGUGUUCCACCCCGCGCUGGCGCAGCCGCGGCCCCCGCGACAGCUCAUCGACCUCAUGCUGCGCGUGCAGGAGUACGUCAUGCAGAGGCGCAUCCGUGUCUCCGAGUUUUUAAGGGACUACGACCCGCUGAACAGCGGACGCAUCGCGCCGCAGCAGUUCCGGCGUGCCAUGGACGCGAUGGGUCUGGGCAGCGUGCUGAGCCAGCAGGAACUGCUCUGUGUCAUGCGACACUACCUCGACCCCAACGACAAGGAGCGCGUCUGCUGGCGCACCUUCGAGGACGACUGCGACCAAGUGUUCACGAUCAAGGAGCUGGAGAAGCACCCGGAGGUGCGCGAGGGAGCGGCGCGCGAGGCGGUGCUGGCGCUGCCGCCGCUGGGCGCCGCCGCCGACCGCGGCGAGGGCGAGGCGCCGCGCGAGCUGGACGCCGCGCAGGCCGCGCUGCUGCGCGUGCGGGCCGCCUGCACCGAGCGCGCCAUCGACCUGCGACCCGCCUUCUGCGAGCACGACGAGCACAACAACGGGCACGUGUCCCGCGCGCAGGUGCGGCGCGUGCUGGCGCGGCUGGGCGUGCUGCCGUCGCCGGCGCAGGUGCGCGCGCUCGAGGCGCGCUACCUGGACGACUGCGGCUUCAGCUACGUGCGCCUGCUCGACGAGAUGGAGGAGCGGCCGGCGGAGAGUGCCAGCAUCGCGAGCGCGUCGUCAGCGCCGCGGGCCGCGCGCCCCGCGCAGGAGGACCCGCUGCAGACAGACAUCGUGCAGAUCCUCGCCAAAAUCAAGGGCAAGAUGGUGCGCGAGGGUGUGCGGCCGCGCGAGUUCCUGAAGCAGUUCGACCCGCGCAACGAGCUGGUGAUCCCUCGCGCGGACUUCUACCGCGGCCUGGCGUCGGCGCGGCUGUCCCUGACGCCCAUCGAGAUGGACACGCUGAUGGAGGUGUUCUGCGCGCCCGGGCGGCGGCGCUACGUGGAGUACGAGCGCUUCUGCAGCACCGUGGGCGAGGCGCUGACGCAGCCGGGGCUGGAGCGCGCGCCGCUGCUGCAGCCCGUGCCGCACGUGCCCACGGUGGACUCGCCGCUCAACUUCCUCAACUUCGAGGAGCGGAAUGUCGUCUCCGGCGCGCUCAAGAAGCUCUCCAAGUACCCCGACCAGCUCUCCAACAUACUGGAGGUCUUCGAGGACAUGGACAAAGUGCGGUGCGGUACGAUCCCGCGCGUGUCAGUGGAACGAGCGCUGUGCCAGCGCGAUCUACUGGCGCUCGUGUCGGCGCGCGAGCGGGACCUGCUCUACAAGUGUUUCGGCUACCGCCGCGGCUGCGGCGACGAGGUGAACUACCGCGCGCUGUGCAACGCGCUCACCAUGCUGUACGCAACGGCGAGUGCGCAGCCCUGUUAGCCGCUAGCCGGGGCGCCGCGCUUGCAGCCUUGUACGUUCAGCGUGUCUGUCUAGUACAUUUUUGUUGUUUUCCAUUUACAACUAACCAUGCUGUUUCAUUAGUAGGUACAAUAAAUGUAAUAAAUUUGAA